AUGCCUCAUUCACCACCACGAGUAUUGGUCGUCGGCAGUGGCGGCGCCGGCGUGGCAGCCGCCCUCGAGGCCAGCCGACACGGGGCCGAGGUGACGCUGCUCGAGUCAAGCGACCACCUGGGCGGCGCGACGGCCAUGUCAGGCGGGGUGAUAUUCGCGGCGGGGACGGAGACGCAGAAGAAGGCUGGCGUGCACGAUACCCGGGAGGAACUGAUCGCAUAUUACACGGCCAUCUGCCAAUGGACGGUCAGCCUGAAACUGCUGGAGACCAUCGUCGAUGGAUGCCGUGAUCUGAUUCCCUGGCUGGAGGACCUAGGCGUCGUCUUCCGGCCGGAAGACCUGUACGUGGCCGGCACGGAGAUGAACGCGCGCGGCCACAUACCCAGUGGCGACACGGGCGGGCGAGGUCCGGCUGGCGGAGCGGCCAUCAUCCAUGCGAUUGUGAGGGCGUUUGAUGAGCGGAAAGUGGUGGUUCACACCAACACCAGAAUCACAGGCAUUACGAUCCCAACCAAAACAAAAAGUCCCCAGACCAAGACCAAUGGUGACACCAGUACCAGCCCGGCCACCGAUGGUAGUGAUGGCAGCACCAACACCAGCAGCAAUGGUGACACUGACACCAUUGAACUCAGGUCGGAAGACGGCCGCGUCUUCCAGGGCGACUCGGUGAUCAUUGCCUCAGGCGGGUUCGGGGCCAGCCUGUCGAAGCUGAGCCAGUACUAUCCCGACGCGGUCAAGCACGAAGGCUGGACAUGGUAUAUCGGGCCCGCGACGAACCAAGGCGACGGGCUCGACCUGGGGACGACGGUGGGCGGGACGGUGGUCAACGUCAACAACGGCGGGGUGAACGCGACGCCCAACUUCAUCCAGGACGUCGACCUGUACAAGCCUGGGUGGCUACUGUACCUCAACACGCAGGGCGAGCGGUUCGUCAACGAGCUGGCCCCGUACACGUUUCUAGGGCCCACGGUGGUGAACCAGCCGGGGUCGCGGUAUUGGGGGGUGUUCGACACGCGGGCGCUGACUUACGCCACCGACCACCCUCCCAACACGGAUCCGUACGGGCUGGGGUUCAAGAUGCGGUCGAACUGGGAAGCCGAGACUCUGCACCGAGAGAUCGCCAGCGGCCGCAUCAUCCAGGCCUCGUCGCUGGCCGAACUGGCCCGUCUGACGGGGAUGCCGCCCGAGAGCGUCGAAUACACCGUGUCCAAGUGGAACCGCGACGUCGUGAACGACAAAGACAAGGACCCCGAGUACGGGAAGGAGUCGGCUGAAAUGUGGCCGCUCGACUCCCCGCCUUACUAUGCCGCCGAUGUGCGCUCCCACCAGGUCGGAAUCACCUACGCCGGCUUGAGGGUCGACCACGCCGCUCGCCUGCUCGAUCGCUUCGGCAGGCCGAUUCCGCAUUUCUACGCCGCUGGUGAAGUCGUCGGUGGCCUGGAAAAGUCCAUCUACCCUGGCGGUGGCUAUGCUAUUGGCGCCGCCCUGUUAUUUGGCAGAAUUGCGGGGGAGAACGCAGCAAGCGAGACGAAGGGAGACAGUCCCAGUUGA